ACACUCCGAACGAGAGGUGAAUUGAAGAUAACUUGCUCAAGUCAGCAGUUAUAACAUUAUCGGUUUUUGUAAUGUGUGUACACACAACACACGCUCUCGCCGCACGUAUGUGUGCGCCAUCGGUAUUGUUGUGCGUGUGUGUGUAUGUGUUUGCAUAUUAGUUUAGUUUGUCGUAAUAAAAUGUAUUAUUGCCCAUUGUCGACAUCGAUAGGCGAUGUGCGCCGCAUGUCGUAUCGUUUUCAUUUGUCAUUAAACAUUUGAAAUACCGUAAAUAAGUGUAAAUGAAAGAAAAAAAAGAAAUGAGCGACAGGCACUUGAAAUUGAAAAUAUAUCAUUCGGUGUAAAAAAAAAUUUUUGUUUUCAGUGUGUCGAAGUGCAAACACAUACAUCGAUUAAUUUGGAAUUUUGAUAGCGGAAUUUUAGUUGAAAUAACAAGAUAAAAAAAGAAUACACAAAAGAGAAGAAGAAGAGAAAGAAAGAAAAAAAAACACUUGAGCAAUUGCCAAUGUUCUAAUUGUCUGUUUUGGUUGAUGUUAUUUUUCUUUUUUUUAAAUCUUUCUUCGAGCUGCUGAUUCCAUUCGGUGUUAUUCUCGUUUAUGUUUAAGAAAAAGAAAUUGGCCCCGUGUUUAAUUGCAAUUUUGAUUAUUUUUUUUUUUACUUUCGGGACAUUUGGUUCUACUUGGGGGAAUUUGUGUGUGGUGUGUGUAUGUGAUUGGCAGUCAUGCAGUUAUAAAUACGAGUACGAUGAGCAAUGUGUGAAAAUAAAAUAUGAAAUAAAUCCUAUCGCACAAAAUCUAGGAACAAGUCUGUGACAAUUGAUUGCAAAAUCGAUACGAACGAAAGUAAAAAAAAAAAAAUUCGCCGCAAAACAAUUUGCAGUCGACCAUAUAAGCACACUGACGACGAUGACAAUUCAACAGAUUGAUAAAAUGUGGAGCUUAUCAAAACGACGGAUAUGGCAACACAUAUCAUUGACAUUUCUAUUGGUACUCAGUAGCUGUGCUCCGGCUGCACAUUGUUUCCCUGACCAAGGCAAAUGGGACUUCAUAAUGAACCGUAAUGUACAGUCGGUGACCGUUCCAAAGUCCUUGUUUGCCGGUUCCGAAAUCUAUGUCACCAUUACGUGUGACUCAAAGCCAACGAAUACAAAUAUUUCAAUUGCAUGGAUGCUAAUACAAUCGGAAUGUUGGCAAGAUUCAUUUAUGACAUUCGAAAAUGUUGUGCCGCGCACAUCAAACGAUACAAAUUUCGUUCAACAAUCGGAAAUUAUAAGAGAGUGCAGCAAUGGCGGUCAUAUUCCGUUGCCCGAAUAUCGUUCGUCUAUCAAAUCAUCGGCUGGACUAGCCAAUGGGCCAAUGGAUGUGAAAAGUCGAGCGAAACGUGCAAAUGAUUUAUUGCUGGCCGACGAAAUACAUCCGCACAUAUUGAAUCGCAAAGCGAUUGGAGCCAGUAAUCCCGUUUAUACAAUUCAAGCCGAUGGCGUGUACUUGUUUGCGUUGAUUAUUCGAGCUACCAGUAACAAAGAUUACAAUGCAUCUGUUCACAUUGAAAUGCGUGGCACAUAUGGUUUCUUAUCGGCUGUUGAUUGGCCACUGUUACCAUUUUACGGUGUAAUGUGCUUGAUUUAUGUGGUAUUCGGUGUAAUUUGGUUGAUGGUUUCAUUUAUGCAAUGGCGUGAUUUGUUACGUAUUCAAUUUUGGAUUGGUGGCGUCAUAUUGUUGGGCAUGUUAGAGAAGGCAAUGUUCUAUGCAGAAUACCAGAGCAUCAAUUCGACGGGAGUUUCAGUGCGCGGUGCAGUAUUACUCGCCGAAUGGGUUUCAUGCGCCAAACGAACGUUGGCCCGAAUGCUUGUGAUUAUUGUGUCACUCGGCUUUGGCAUAGUCAAACCACGUCUUGGACCAAUGUUACAUCGAGUCGUCGGAACGGGUGGCCUAUACUUUGUUCUUGCCGGUGUUGAGAGUUAUUUGCGUGUGAUGAACAUAAAAAGUGAUCCAAAUAAUCAAAUCCUUGUGGCGAGCAUACCGUUGGCCGUUCUCGAUUCAGCCAUUUGCUGGUGGAUAUUCACGUCAUUGGUGCAAACAACGCGCACACUUCGAUUACGUCGAAAUAUGGUCAAACUAACAUUGUACAGACACUUUACGAAUACGCUCAUUUUUGCCGUUCUGGCAUCCGUUGUGUUUAUGCUGUUCUCCAUUAAAACACAUCGCCUCGCCAAGUGUCUGACCGACUGGAAGGAUUUAUGGGAAGAUGAAGCAUUUUGGCACAUUUUAUUCUCAUUACUGUUGCUAGUGAUAAUGAUUUUAUGGCGUCCAACAAACAACAAUCAACGGUAUGCAUUCACACCGUUGCUCGAUAGUCCCGAAGAUGAGGACGACGAUGAUGAAGAGGAUCAAUUUGUGGCCGAUGUGUAUGGCGUGAAAAUGCGUGGCUCACGAAAUACCAACUCACCCAAAUUUAACAAUCACAAAGCAACCACCACCGAUGAAGACGAUCUGAGAUGGGUGGAAGAGAAUAUACCAACGGCCAUUGCCGAUGCAACGCUACCCAUUCUCGAUUCCGACGAAGAAAUCAUUAACACUCGAUUCGAAGUAUCGAAAAUGCAGUAGAUACAUGAACCAAAUCAAAUGGCAUUAAUAACAACCAGAAAAUUAACAACAAAAACAACAACUAGAAAACUACACUAUGUCGUUUUGGUCUUGCUAAUUUAAAACGUAUUUUCCCUCGCUUGUGUGAUAGAAAAAAAUAACAAAUCGAAAGUGACCACGUCAAGGCUUUCCAUUAAACCUCCAUCAUUAAAAAAAAAAAAACAAAAAAAAAUCUAAAUUAUAAAUAUUUAAUUAGCAUUUUACAUUAUUUCGAUUGAAAAUAACAACCAAACAGAAAAAGAGUCUAAAAAAUUAUUACAUAGCCUCAAAUGAGCUUCAUUCUUGUGAAUUCUAACGAAUAAUUCGGGAGAGUAUUACAAAAAAAAAUCAUACAUGGUGAGAGAGAUGUGUGAGAUGAGUGAGGUUAAGAUAUUGAACAAAUUGAAAAGAGAAAGAGAGAGAUAGAGAGAGAGAGAGAGAGAGAGAGAGAGAGAGAGAGAGAGAGAGAGAGAGAGAGAGAGAGAGAGAGAAGAAACAAAUGUGUAAAUAUUUAAAUAUUUAAAUAUCAUUUUCCGAUUAUUUAAACUUCAUAUAUGCUCAUUGGGCUUUGCUCAAUGAAUAGAAUUAAAAUUUUGGUCUAUCUAAAAUCACCAAAUUCAUACAUUGUAAACCAGUUCAAAGCCAUUCAGUCCAGAAAAUCCAGCAGGAAAUACAGAGAUAUUAUCACCAAAUUUCGUCUGCUAACAUUGAUAAUAUGAAACAAAAGGGAACCAUUUUUUUCGGCUUCAUGUGCUUUUGUAACAGAGUUUAUUGGUUUUCACUGAGUUCAUAGCAAAUGAAACAUUUAAUCAACAACAAUAAUAAAAAAAAAACAAAAAAAAAAGAUUUUGAAUAGUUGCAUAUCGACAGCGUCCAAAAUUUUUCAUCAUUUUUUCAGUUGGUUUGAGUGUUUUAGAGAAAAAAAAUUAAAACAACAAAACAUAGUGAUAAGUUUGAUUGUUGCACAAAAGAAAAACCAAAUUCUCUCUGAACUGAACACUAUGUUAAUUUAUUUAUUAUCACUCAUCUUGAGGCAACUUUUCAUCAACCUACACGCCAAUCACGCACAUCAAUUUCCAAUUCUGUGAGAAAAAAAAAGACAAACGAAAACAAUAACAAUGUUAAGCGAGCACUGUGAGCAUUAUUUAUUAGGAUGAUAAGAAAUCGGCUCACUUGAAAUGGCGUUGCUUCGAACGGCGAAUUGUGCGGCAUUUUCAGUCGAAAGAAUAUUAAGGCAACAAAAAAUAUGUAAUAAAUGUUCGUUAUGAACGAAAAUCAAGUCACUUUGAGAGAACUUGGAACAAAAAAUAAAACCACUAAACAACGUUAGCCAUUUAAGAUGACAAACAAAUAUCAUUAUCGUGUAAAUUUUUUUUAAAAAUUGAUCUAAAUAAAAUAGGUUGAACAAAAAAAAAA